UUGUUUUUCGAGUUUCAUCCGCAGCCACAGUGCAAAAUAGGUUUAUCAAUUUAAUUUAAGUGUUAAAGUAGUUGUAAAGAGUUUUUUAAAGUUCUGAAUGAAAACGGCGUCACAGGGGCCAGUAGCAACCGUAAUUAGUGUCGCAAAGCUUAUUAGUUCACCCAAUAAUUCUCUCCAAAUCGAUUGGAGGAGUGUUUGUUCCCAAUAAAGUGCGUUCGUGUUUGGUUACUGCAGAAGAGGAGAGGAGCGAGUAAAGUACAAAAAUACAUUGCAUUCAUUGCCCACGGCGACAGAAGCUGCACUCGCUCAUCCCGCUAGAAUCGCUCUCCAAGGAGCCGAAGAAAGCCCAGCCCCAACAUGCAGCAUAAUGUGCACGCGGCCAGACCAGCGCCCCACUUACGCGCACAUCACCACACGCACGGCCACACUCACAUGCAGAUGCAUCCCAGCCUGGAGCAGCAUCUGGCCGCCGCGGCAUCAAUGGCCGGUGCUCCCCAGAUGCAGCCACAACAGCAGCCGACUCCACACCGCGAUCAUCAUCAUCCACGCCUGAACCAUCACCAUCUGCACGCACAGCAGCAGCAGCAGCAGACGCCGUCAAAUCCUGCCGCCGUUGCCGUGGCGGCUGGACCUGCCUAUCACCACAACAGCAACAUCAGCAGCAGCAGCAGCAGCAACAACAACAACCAAAUGCAAAAGAUCCGACAGCAGCAUCAGCAUCUCAGCAGCAGCAACGGACACGUGGGUAAAUGCCAGCAGCCUCCGCCGCAGGCCUACAACCCUCUGGCUGGCAAUCCGGCCGCUCUCUCGUAUAAUCCGCUGCCGCCUCCACCGCCGCCGCACCACAUGGCCGCCCACAUCGGCGGCUAUGCAGCCCACCCGCCACACUACUACCAAAUGAGCCAGCCCAAGCCGCCCUCCAAGUACAACAACAACAACAACCCUGGCGGCCACUACAUCGCCAACAGCGGCACCAGCAACGGCUAUGGCUCCAAGGCCAUCCUCCAGCCAACAUAUCGAAGUGCCAAAGUCGGGCCAGUCCUGGCGCCAGCCAUGACCCCGGAGGCAGUGGCAGCAUCAGCCACCGCAGCAUCAUCUGCAGCAGCAGCGGAGCAUCCAGAGUGUGUGAGCAGCAGCAACCUGCCGGGAGCCACGGAACCCGCAGGUCUAGAGGAGCUGCCACCAUCGGAUCAGGAGCCAAGCGCAACGGAGACGGCGGCGACAGCAGUGAAUGAAGGCUGCAGCACGGAGCAAAUCGAUGCGUCGGGCACGCUGUCCAACGAGGACGGCAGCUCGGGACGCAGUGGCAAGGACAAGACGCCCAUGUGCCUGGUCAACGAGCUGGCCAGGUACAACAAGAUCACGCACCAGUACCGGCUGACGGGUGAGCGGGGACCGGCCCAUUGCAAGACUUUCACGGUCACCUUGAAGCUGGGCGACGAGGAGUACUCGGCGGACGGGUUCAAGAUAAAGAAGGCCCAGCACAUGGCCGCCUCCAGGGCCAUCGAGGAGACCAAGUACAAGCAUCCACCACCGAAGAUACGCCGCAGCGAAGAAGCCAGCACCACACGCACCCACAUCACACCCACCGUGGAGCUGAAUGCGCUGGCCAUGAAGCUGGGACAGCGAACCUACUACCUGUUGGACCCCACACAGAUGCAGCCCACCGACCCGCUGCUGUCGUCGGAGUACGGUGGCGGCUCCCUGCUGCCCACACCGCCGCCAGGAAUGCCCCAGCCUAUGCCUCAGCCACUGCCGCCUCCCUUUGCGCUGCGUCCUGCACGACAUGGACACAGUUUUGUGCCCAUUCAAUCCCCGCCCAUGCAUCCACAUGGCUUUUAUGGCGGGCCCCAGCGGGCCUAUGGCCCUAAAUAUGCAUCCAGAUAUACGAUGGUGCCGCCGCUAGGCCCUCACAUGAUCCACGGUCCCAAUAUGCCCUACGCCCCGAUUCCGCCCACGCCCAGCAAGAUCACCCUGUACGUGGGAAAGCAGAAGUUCGUGGGCAUCGGGCGCACGCUGCAGCAGGCCAAGCACGAUGCUGCGGCCAGGGCUCUGCAAGUGCUCAAGACGCAGGCCAGCUCGGCGUCAGAGGAGGCACUCGACGACUCCAUGGAUGAGGGCGACAAAAAGUCGCCCAUCUCCCAGGUGCAUGAGAUCGGCAUCAAGCGCAACAUGACUGUGCACUUCAAGGUGCUGCGCGAGGAUGGACCGGCCCACAUGAAGAACUUCAUCACGGCCUGUGUCGUUGGCAGCAUUGUCACCGAGGGCGAGGGCAACGGCAAGAAGGUGUCGAAGAAGCGGUCGGCCGAGAAGAUGCUCACAGAACUGCAGAAGCUGCCGCCCCUUACGCCCACGAAGCAGACGCCAGUGAGGCGCAUCAAGGUGAAAACUCCAGGCAAAAAUGGAUCAGUGAAUGGCUCUGGCACAACGCUGUCGCUAUCGGAUGUGGUAUCCAUGGCAAAGCCGGAGCGGCGAAAGCGUCUCAAUGUCGCCAUCAGACCUGUGGAGCUGGACGAUGCCGAGAAUCCCAUAACGAAGCUCAUCCAGCUGCAGCAGACGCGCAAGGAGAAGGAGCCCAUUUUCGAACUGAUAGCCAAGAACGGCAACGAAGCCUCCAGGCGGCGCGAGUUCGUCAUGGAGGUGUCGGCCAACGGAACCACAGCCCGCGGUACGGGCAGCAGCAAGAAGCUGGCCAAGCGCAGUGCAGCGCAGGCCCUGUUGGAAUUACUGGAAUCGGAUGAGCACAGCAGGAGCGUAGGAGUCCAGGAGUCGCAGGAUUCCACGGAUGGCAAUGCAACUGAAAUAGCAACUGCCACAGCGACAUCAGCGCCAGUAAUCGAAAGCACUGUAGACCCGGAUAUUCCCAUGGUCUCAACGCCAGUGGGUCCCAUGCCUGGCAUCCUCAUUCUGCGCCAGCACAAGAGACCGCCUAAACGGAAGGUAGAUCCCAUGAUUAUUGUCAAGGACAGCGAAGAAGCCAAGGAGGAGGAGGAAGCCAACAAGGAGACAUCGACCACAACGACGGAUGACAACAGCGGAGAGCCACAGCCGAUGGAGACAGCCCCAGAGAGUACGCUGAAUACAUCGACGGGCAGCAACACGAGUGGCGUGAGCAGCAAUAGCAGCAAUGCCGCUGCCAGCAGCAGUGCAGCCGCAGCCGUACACAUGAAGGAGCAGCUCCUGUACCUAAGCAAAUUGUUUGAAUUUGAGGUGAACUUCUCGGACUAUCCCAAGGGAAACCACAACGAGUUCCUCACCAUUGUGACACUCUCAACGAACCCGCCGCAGAUCUGCCAUGGCGUUGGCAAGAGCUCCGACGAGUCGCAGAACGAUGCUGCGCGCAAUGCCUUAAAAAUCCUCAGCGAACUGGGCCUCAACAAUGCCAAGAAGUAACUCUAAUCAAUUUAAAUUCAUUUUUAACUGCAAUUUUUGUUGUUGCUGCACAUUUGCAAGGAGAGAAGCAAAAGCAAGAGCAAAACAAAAACGAAAAGAAAUACCCGUCCACAAAGCAAACCUAAAACAAAAUCCAAAAACCAAGCUGUGUGCAAAUUCAAAAAAACACAAAAAAAAAAGAGGAAAAAGAGAAAAAAUGAGGAAAACGAGAAACAAUGCAAAAGAAAGCCAACCUUCUGAAAUAGCAAAUUAUUAGUUAAUACCUAUUUAUUUAUUUAUGUGCAACUUGUGCAAGCCAACUGGUGUUAUUAUUUUAUUUAUUUGUUGUUGAGAAUUGAUGAACGAAGCAAAGAACUGAAUGUAACGAAAUGUAACGAACAGAAACACUGAGCAGCCCAGAACGGAUAGUCGUCCCCUAUCGUCUAUCCUCCGAGUUGAGAAUUGAACAAUAACUAGCCUUAAAGAGACCCGACCCCCCACUAAGUACUGUACGCACUUGCAUGUGCUUACAGUAUGUAAACUUAAGAUUAAAGCUGAUGUUGAAGCCCACUUUACCACUUGAAUUGAAUUGAUGAACAACGGAUUAUAGAUACCCGUGUACCCGUUCGCUGCAUGCGGCAGACGCUUUCAAAAAUAAAUUCAAAAUGAGAAAACUGUUAGAGGAUUUCCGCGGAGAGUGCCAGAGAUUUCCCGCGGAAAUGAGGUAGAGAAGUUUUGAUUUAUUUUUCGAAGCACACCAUCUACGUGCCGCUUGUGGUCACAUAUGCUUGAUGAAACUCGUCGAAUAAUGAAUCUAUUAUACAUUAAUAUAUAUCAUAGUUAAGUAAUAGUUCUCUAAGCAUCGAUAAAUGGAGCGUCACAUCCCCCAUGCAUGAUGUCAACAAAGUUAACAAAUUUCAAGCGAACAAUUCAACUUGCCAAAUGCCAAGUCAAUUUCGCAACUUGAAUGUUAGAUUGCUGGAAUUUGUGGCUGGCAGCGCAUGAGAUGGACAGGAUGGGCGUUUGCGUUCAAUCUUAUCAAAUAAAAUACAAUUUACAUAAUCGUUAUAAUUAUAAUUCUAAAUGUUUAAAUGGCCAUUUUUGUAAAUGUUCAGUUUUUGCUGCAACUGCCAGUGCAAGUGUGCGAGAGCCAAAAGCUGAACAUCGUUAUGAAUAAUGAAUAGUGUUUGCGUUAGCCUCUUAUAUGUUUUUGUCCCCCAUUAUUCUUUGCUCAUCUUUGUAUCCGUUUUUACAUAGCUAUACCAUACCUUCUCUUUACACAAACGCCCCACCCCAUACAUACAUUGAUGGAAAUUCUGAUAACUAUAGUUUUAAAUGCUAUCGUCCGUUGUGUCCCUGUCCCGUAUCCUUGUAACGUAAACAACAGCACCGGAUUAUUAAGCGUUAAGUUGCAUUAUGUAAAAUGUAUUUUGUCUAAGCAACCGCGAACCUAACACAAGCGUAAGCGAACUGUAACCGUGUGAAAGGUAGCGUCGAACCCAGUAUUAAAUGUAUAGAUAAACGAUCAGCACACACUAUUAGACCAGCAAGAGACAUUGUGCUUCUCCAU